AUGGAGCCGCGGGAGGUGAAGGACCGGAUUCUGGAGAACAUCUCGCUGUCGGUGAAGAAGUUGCAGAGCUAUUUUGCUGCCUGUGAAGAUGAGACCCCUGCCAUCCGCAACCACGACAAAGUCCUGCAGCGUCUGUGUGAGCACCUGGACCACGCUCUGCUCUACGGGCUGCAGGACCUCUCAUCUGGCUACUGGGUGCUCGUGGUUCACUUCACCCGGAGAGAGGCCGUCAAGCACAUCGAGGUGCUGCAGCACGUGGCCACCAACCUGGGGCGCAGCCGGGCCUGGCUCUACCUGGCCCUCAACGAGAACUCCCUGGAGAGCUACCUGCGGCUGUUCCAGGAGAACCUGGGUCUCCUACACAAGUACUAUGUCAAGAAUGCCCUGGUCUGCAGCCAUGACCACCUGACCCUCUUCCUGACCUUGGUAUCCGGGCUGGAGUUCAUUCGGUUUGACCUGGACCUGGAUGCCCCCUAUUUAGACCUGGCCCCCUACAUGCCCGACUACUACAAGCCCCAGUACCUACUGGACUUUGAAGACCGCCUCCCCAGCUCGGUCCACGGCUCAGACAGCCUCUCCCUCAACUCCUUCAACUCCGUCACCUCCACCACCCUGGAGUGGGACGACAGCGCCAUCGCCCCAUCUAGUGAGGAUUAUGAUUUUGGAGAUGUGUUUCCAGCAGUGCCGUCUGUACCCAGCACAGACUGGGAAGACGGAGACCUCACAGACACUGUCAGCGGCCCCCGCUCCACCACCUCAGACCCAACCAGCAGCAAGGCUUCCACCAAGAGUCCCACCCAGCGCCACAACCCCUUCAAUGAGGACCAGGCCGAGACUGUAUCCUCCUCCGACACCACCCCUGUACACACAAGCUCUCAGGAGAAGGGGGAGUCCCACACCCCGGACCUACCGGACACCUGCACAGAGCUCGAGGUCAUCAGGGUCACCAAGAAGAAGAAAACAGGCAAGAAGAAGAAGCCCAGAUCAGAUGAGGAAGCCAGUCCACUCCACCCAGCCUCCACCCAGCACACGUGUGCCCGACAGGGCAAUGGCAACACCGUGGGCAGCAGCCCAGGCCCUGGGCAGGGCUCCCCAGACACCACCCUGGCCUCCCUGCCGCAGGAGGGAGAGGGGCCUGGCAGCACAGUGGAGGGCGGCGGGCGCUCAGAGCCCGGCCAGGUGGGCCUGCUUAUCCCCGAGAUGAAGGACACCUCCAUGGAGCGCGUGGGGCAGCCCCUGAGUAAGGUCAUCGACCAGCUCAACGGGCAGCUGGACCCCGCCACCUGGCGCCCCCACGUCGAGCCCCCGGACCAGUCCUUUCGGACCGGCUCUCCCGGGGAUGCCCCGGAGAGGCCGCCAUUUUGCGACUUUAGUGAGGGGCUUCCAGCCCCAAUGGACUUCUACCGCUUUACCAUCGAGAGUCCAAGUACUGUUACAUCAGGUGGCGGCCACCAUGACCCUGCAGGGCCUGGCCAACCGCUGCAUGUUCCUGGUAGCCCUGCGGCUGCUGGCCAAGAAGAGGCGGGGGGAGGAGGAGGACCAGGACAGACACCUCGGCCCUUAGAGGACACCCCGGGGGAGGCGCAGAAGCCAGAGGCCCAGGAACUGGACACCCAACUGCCCCAGGUCGGUGAGGGGCUGGAGCCAGAGCCUGGGACCCAGGAGGCUCUUUGCAGACUCAAGGGAGACCAGCCCAGCCCCUGUCUGAGCAGCGCCGAGGACUCUGGGGUGGAGGAGGGCCAGGGGAGCCCUUCUGAGAUGACCCACUCGGCAGAGUUCAGAGUAGACAACAAUCACCUGCUCCUGCUGAUGAUCCAUGUGUUUCGAGAAAACGAAGAGCAGCUCUUCAGAAUGAUCCGGAUGAGCACCGGGCACAUGGAGGGCAACCUGCAGCUGCUGUACGUGCUGCUCACAGACUGCUAUGUCUACCUGCUCCGGAAAGGGGCCACAGAGAAGCCAUACUUGGUGGAAGAGGCUGUUUCUUACAAUGAGCUCGACUACGUGUCGGUGGGCCUCGACCAGCAGACGGUGAAGCUGGUGUGCACCAACCGCAGGAAGCAGUUUCUGCUGGACGCGGCGGACGUGGCCCUGGCCGAGUUCUUUUUGGCUUCUUUGAAGUCAGCCAUGAUCAAGGGCUGUCGGGAACCCCCCUACCCCAGCAUCCUGACUGAUGCCACCAUGGAGAAGCUGGCUCUGGCCAAAUUUGUGGCCCAGGAAUCUAAGUGUGAGGCGACCGCUGUUACUGUGCGUUUCUAUGGGCUUGUGCACUGGGAGGACCCCCAGGACGAGUUCCUGGGCCCCACCCCCUGCCACUGCUCACCCCCCGAGGGCACCAUCACCAAAGAAGGCAUGCUCCAUUACAAGGCGGGCACCUCCUACCUGGGCAAGGAGCACUGGAAGACCUGCUUCGUGGUGCUCAGCAACGGGAUCCUCUACCAGUAUCCUGACCGCACCGACGUGACGCCUCUGCUCUCGGUGAACAUGGGGGGGGAGCAGUGCGGUGGCUGUCGGAGAUCCAACACCACGGAUCGGCCCCACGCCUUCCAGGUCAUCCUUGCCGACCGGCCCUGCCUGGAGUUGAGCGCCGACAGCGAGGCUGAGAUGGCUGACUGGAUGCAGCACCUGUGCCAGGCCGUGUCCAAGGGGGUCAUCCCCCAGGGGGUAGCUCCCAGCCCCUGCAUCCCUUGCUGCCUGGUAAUCACCGAUGACCGCCUCUUCACGUGCCAUGAGGAUUGCCAGACCAGCUUUUUCCGCUCCCUGGGUACUGCCAAGCUGGCUGACAUCAGUGCUGUGUCCACUGAACCGGGCAAGGAGUACUGCCUCUUGGAGUUUUCCCAGGACAGCGCACAGCCCCUCCCACCCUGGGUCAUCUACCUGAGCUGCACACCUGAACUGGACCGAUUCUUGUCUGCACUGAACUCGGGGUGGAAAGCCAUCUACCAGGUGGACCUCCCGCACAGGGCCAUCCAGGAAGCCUCCAGGAAGAAGUUCGAGGAUGCCCUGAGCCUCAUCCACAGCUCCUGGCAGCGGAGCGACAGCCUGUGCCGGGGCAGAGCCUCCCGGGACCCCUGGUGCUGA